AUGCUAGAGGAAGAAGUAAAAACAUGGCUUGAAAGGGUUAUGUUGUCAGGCCCUACUACUAAUAAUAAUAGUGAUGAUGAUGAAACCCUUAGAAAACUCAGGAAAGUGCCACUUUUGCAAUUGUCAUGCAUGAUGAGUACCUACCUUACUGAUGAAAAGCAAGUUUCCAAUGCUCUUUCCUUAUUGGCUCGUACUACUGUAGGUCGUGAUAAUCUAACAAAUGAGGAAGCUGAAGUGGUUCUAAAGUUUUUUGAAGGAAAGCUUUCUACGAUACAGACAGUUGAAGCAGCUGUAGAAUCUAUAGCAUUAGUUGUUAAAGAUUUGUCUUGUAAACAACCAUGUAGUGAAAAAAUAUUUAAGCUUUUAUCUGAUGGAUUUUUGCAAAAUGUCAGAUUCCAGGCGUUACCCAAUAAAGUUCGGCGUCAUGGAUAUGAUGUUCUUAUGUUCAUGGUGUCAAAAGAAACUCUUCCAUUGUUUACCACAUCUUUUCUUCGAUUACUUUUGGAUGCUAUAGAUGAGGAAAGUGAACCAGAACUUGUAAUGUCUGCUUUUGAACUUCAUUAUUUUGUAGGUACUUAUACUGAUAAAACUGUUAUUGAUCCUAUAUUAGACGAUUACUUUGACAGUCUUUCCAGUUAUUUUCCAGUUGUAUUUUCUCAACCUCCGGGAUGUAAGGUUACUAGGGAGGACUUAAGGCGGAGACUUACUAAAUGUUUGACACGUCCACUAUACCUUGAUUCUUGUGUUUUAUUUAUACUUUCAAGGUUAUCAUCUCCAUCAUCUGUUGUAAAACAAGAAUCUAUUGACAUUAUUUUGGAAAUAUUUUCUCCAAAUUCAGAACAUGAAAUGAAAUAUCUGAACUCUCAUGUGGUUUCUGUAGUAAAUCAUAUUAGGAAUGAAAUUGUUAAAGCAGUAUCAAUAGGAUGUUCUGAUAACGAUUCACUUUUAAAAUGUUAUAUGAAUGUUUUAACAUAUAUUGGUAAAAGAUCACAUGAAAUGUCUUCUUCAUUUGUUUUAUCUUGGUUAGAACCGAUAACCAGUGGUUUUUUGGCUAGUUUAAAUUCUAGUCGUGUAAUAUGUUCAGCAUAUGCAACUAUGUUUUAUCACCUAGCUUCUAGUGAUGUGAUUUGUGGAACCACGUUAGCACAUUAUUUUCUACCACUUUUAUUCCUAAAUGUACCACAACAGGAUGAUAGUAAUAGUGAAAAUAUUUUUCUGAUUAUUUCAGCAUUAUUGACUGGUAUUUUUGAUUUACGAAAAAGUGACAAAGUUUGUGAAGAAGAUAGUUUGACAGUUCAAACAUCUGUGAGAAAAAGUUUAGAAGCAAGUUCUUUAAGUUUAUUUGAACUUAUGAAAAAACUUUUGAACUCAUUUAAUAAGGUAGAAUCACCCACAGAUUUCAUUAAGUGUGAGGUAAUUUCAUCUCUUUUAAAUCUUGAAGCAUGGAUGCAUCCUUGGAUGCCAGAAGAACUAAUUAAAUUAUCUUAUAAAAAACUCAUUUCACUUUGCCUCCUUGGAGAUGAAGAAAUUAGCAGAAAAAUUGCAAACUCUAUUUCUUCCAUUGGUCGUGUAGAAGGAAAUGUAUUAAAUGAUAUUCUGCUCAACAAUCUUGACAAUGUAGACUUUACUCCAACUGGAGUUUUUGCAUUAUUUCAUGGAUUAAUGGUUUCAUCAGUCUCUACGGCACUCGUUGCAAUUGAACAUUUGUUAAACUUCUCACGUGUUUCAUUUACUGAAUGCCUUAGUGAAAGUGAUAAAUUUUCUUUUUGUCGUGAAGCCCUAUCUGUACAGAAAGAUAUUUCUACGGAGAAACUUUUACACUUGUUGGUAUUAGUAAUUGAAAAAGAUUCUGUGGCAAGUUUUGAACUUGUUUGCGAAAUACUAUUAAGGUUACCCUUACCUUUACAUAAAGAAAACUUGUUACAAAUGAUUAAUGGGAGGCGGUUAAGCGUUUUGGCUAUUGCUUUACUUUCUUGUGAUUCAGAUAUAUUUGAUAUUGAAGGAUUCUCAGAACAUUGGGUAGUUGAAUUACUAGAGAAUGGUUUUAAGGAAAAAUUUAGUCGUUUGACAAUGCAGGGGAUAUCAGCGAUAUGUGCCCGUUCUCCUAGUAUAGCUGAUAUUUUUCUUGAAAAAUCGAAAGAUCUGAAACCAGAGGUUCAACUGGAGGUGUAUGCAGCAAUUACUCGAGGAUUGCUUAUAAAUGGUGUAAUAAUGAAAGAAAAGGUAGAACUCAUUACAGAUUAUUUGCUUACUUCAAUUUAUAAUGGAAUCGAUGGGGAUAAUGCAUUAACUACUACAUUUUUCUACCCAAAGUAUUCUAAAAACAGGGUUAGUCUACUCAUUCCACUUAUUUUGGGUGCACAAAAAAAUAUUAAUUCUGUACCACUCAAUUUAUUGAAGAUAAUCGUAUCCCUUAUUAAAAAUGAAUCUUUCUAUUCAGACUUUAAUUGGAGUAUUGUUAUUGAGUUUACUCAAAAAAUAGCACAACAAGAGUCAUCUGAAGGUCUUGUUGCUGGUGUUUUGGAUCUACUUGACUGCAUACUUUCUCGAAUAGACUCUAGGGAUUUCUUUAUGAAGUUUCUUGUAACUGAUAGUAAAAUCUUUCCUUUAGUAAUUUCUGGUAUACGCUCUUCGACACUUCAGAAACGGUGUAUCUCACUAAAUUUAUUAUCGGAGGUGGCGUUGUUUGCAUCCCGGCUUUCUACAACAGGUAAUGAAGAUGAGUUUGAUUGUAUGAAGGCAGUUGCAAAGGUCAAGGAGGAAGUACUCUGUGUGACACAAGCAUCUCUAGCAGAUGACAAAAGAGUGGUUCGUCGUGCCGCUGCUCAAUGCAGACAUCAGUGGUAUAAGAUAAAGUAA